ACGACGACGACCAAUUUCUAUGUGGCUUUGACGCGCGAUAUACGCGUCGCCUCUACUUCCUUUUGCGAUAGAUAACUUAAGCUACCGUCUACGCACUAUCCAAAGCUCUCAGCGACAUCACGUCCUUGUCAGUGGCAUCGAAACCAACCCAGCCUUUACCCCGCUCUAUCACACGCCGACUCGAUUUGAUCAGCCUCUUGCCUCUUCCCCGACCAUCUAGAGUGCUCUAUCUACAGAAACAUGUUAAGCUACAUGCGAUCUGGCGCAUCACUAGCGUUGGCGCACAAAUCCUUCUGUGGCGUCUUCCUCAUUCUCGUUUGCUUUGGCCCUCUGUACAGCGCAAUCGCCGCGUUCAUCUGCAUAGCGCUCAAACUCGCUGAAUAUCUACACUGGACAGAUCCAUUUUGGCACUACCUCCCCAAGGUCGCCCGUUGGGUCCUCCCCAAGCGCGUUUUCGAUUACUUUUGGCCGCCGCUCAGGGCUGCUCCUGCCUAUCUCGUCUACGACCCCGUUACACGCCGAUACGUCCUCGUCGUGGUCGAUAAACCCGGCCCAGAGCACUUCGGACCCAAUGUCGGACACGCGCGCUUUGAGCGCGCUCCGCGGACUCACAGCUCUCGCAACGGCGCAGGAGCACGGCCUUUCUACGACGAGGACGACGAAGAAGAGUACGAGGAGGAGGAGCCAACGAUCGUUUGUACGCGCUGCAAGCGGAAGAACCCCGAUCAGCGCAGGAAGCCAUCAUACUGCGCGCAGUGUAGCGCUCCUUAUUGCGGUGCCAAGGCCAACUUGCUUCUCGAGCUCGUCGUCAUGCGCUUGAUGUGGAUGUUGGGCAUCCUCAUCGUCGUUGCGCUAUCCCUCGCAGGUGAAUGGCUACUCGCUACAGCUGCAUUGACGGUCGGAAUACUGGAUCACUUGUACGAAUGGCAUUUGAUCAGCGUACCUGCGCAGGGAGACCUGGCGCUUCGGGGUGAAUCAGAAAAGGAGAAGCGGGAGCAAAACGCGGCAGCGCAGAGGGAGCGCGAACAAGCACAGAAGGCGUACGAGGAAGCCCACCAGCGCGCCCAUGCAGCAGAGGACGACGAGGACGACGACAGCGCGCCGAUUGAGUUCUUCGGCGGACCGAUGUUCGAGGGGAGGGGGCUUCCGACGCGGGAAGAUGCGAUGGCAAAGGUGAUGCGGAGGGCCAAACGCCAGGAAGAGAGGGAGAAAGCGGCGGCGGCGAAGCAGAGGGACGCGGCGAAGAGCGAGGAAAAGGGGGAAGGGUCGAAGACGUCCGGGAGCCAUUGCGCUGAGGUUGAUCAAUGCGACUGUGAAGAGGGUCAUUAUGCGAAUUAUCCUACGUAUCGGCGUACGGGACCGGGGGUGUGGUAG